UAGAUUGGUUGACAUUAAUUAAUAUUCUAUUUUACAUUUAAAAUCACGUUAAAGACGUAAAGUUCAAGACAAAUCAGAAUGCCAGUGAACGAAGCUCCUCUUGUAGAAUUGGGCAGUGCUCCACAAACCCCUAGCUUUGGUCCUUCGCCGUCCCCGUCAGAAAUUUCUAGCGCCAGCUCUCCAGAACCUCAGCAUAUUCGAGCUACGCCAUUAUUUAGAGCCUUGGCCAUGCCUCCACCGGAACCUGUGCAGCCGCCAGGCCAAGACGAACUGGAACGACGACUGCCGGGAUACAGGAGAAUUGUGAUCCCAAGAGAUUUGACUUUGAUUGAACUGCUGAAACAAUGCAGUGGCGUUACCACCGACGACGAAGUGCUUCGUAUUAAAGAAGCGAAGCUGCGCGUGGUCGCUGAACGCGUUGGGUUGAGGCGGCUGCAUGUGCUGACUCCGCGGUUGAGGACACUCGUCUUGGAUGGCAGCGCUCUCUUGUCUCUGAGGGACCUCGGGAUUGGACUGGUGAAACUUAAAGUUCUGAGCAUAAAUCGAUGCGGUUUAACAUCUUUGGAUGGAGUGUGGGGAUUGGGUGCUCUUCGAGAAUUGCACGCAGCCGGUAACAAAAUUCAAGAUUUGCAGCCUUUGGCGGGACUACAGAAAUUGCAGACCCUGAAUCUAGCAGAUAACCCGAUAUCCGAGACCAGCCGCCUGUGGACCCUGGGUAUCUGCAGUUCCCUCCGCCGCCUCACUCUAGCCGGCACGCCCGCAGCGGAAUCCCUGAGCUAUCGAUCAAGGGUUGCAUCAGCUUUGCCCAUGUUGGUUUAUUUGGACGAUCGUCCACUACACACGGAUAUUGAAUUAAGAAUAAAUUUGAUUUUCUUCGAUUCUCCGCAUAGGUUAAGUGAUAAAAAGAAACUGAAUAAUUAUAAUGUUCGUGUUGCAAUUCUAGACGAACUUGACUAUGACUUGGACGUGGGUUCAUCUGGUACGGACACUGACGUGGAGAUUGACGAGUUAGCAGCUGUCGCGAACACGGAUUCCACCGAAGAUGAGGCUGGGCCCUCUUCACAAUUUCCUCAGGUAUCCCUAGAGCCGGAGACAGAUAUUCGUACAAGUGUUGGUAAUCGUUCACUCCGCCGCCGUCCCGCUACAACGGAAUGUGGCGGUGUGCGCCCGCCGCGGCCGAUGUUGCCCGCGCGGCCUAGAACCGCGCACGGGAAGCCUGCCGUCGAUGCACCCACCAGGCUUCAGAUACUGAACACCCUCAUGGACGAGGAGUGGCGGUGCAGUGGUAGUAAGUUGACAUCAUGCGAGCCAGUUUGUGGGAACUUAGCCCGGGCCCUGCGUCGCCCUCAAGUGCGGAGAAGUUCCGAUUCGUUGCAUGACAACCAAAUAUUGGAGACUGUUGAAGAUGCCAGCAGGGCUUUGGCGGCCGAAAUACCCCGCGCGCCUCGCAUGGAAGACUGGCUGAAAUUCAAAGAGGAAACAGGAAUUGAGAUUGACAUUGAUUUCACCAAAAGGCCAGCUGAAGCUGAUUCAUCCGCCAUUAUUGACCGUCUAGAAGCCAUUGAGAAAGAGACAUCGGAGAGAUUGAGCAAAGUUGACGGGGAAACCCCUGGAUCCAGUAGCUCUAUGACAAACCUUCAGCCUUACACUACUUGUUCAAUGACCAUCAUGAGUGACUUUGAUGCAUGGAAAGCAGAGCAUCUGUCUCCAAUGUUCGAUACAACCAAUGAGGUGGAUGAUAUAAUGAAUGACAUUCAUUUCGAUAUCCCAAACGUGAAUUCUGGGCAAUGAUAAUGAUAAAAGAAUGUUAGAGAUAUUUUGGUUUUGCUUUGCCAUGUGAGUUUUGGCACAUGCACCUUUAUUAUGAUGUUAUAGUUAUAGUUUUCAGUGUGAUAUUUGUACAACUAAAAGAGAUUAUUGAUAUUUUUAUAUGAAUGUGACAUCAAUUUAACAAUCAUGAAAAUAUAAUUUUUAUUUACAGAUUUAAAAUUAUACAGGUUCAUUAUUGAUACAUUCGGUGAAUUAUUUAGGCUAUGGGCACAGUUUUAUAAUGUGUAGCUGAUGUUUAAUAGGAGUCGGAAUAUUUAUGAGGAAACUCUCGUAAUUUAUUUGAACAUUUUCUUACACACGAAUAUAACGUCAGUCAAAGACUCCUUUAUAUAUUUGAGAAGUUAAUGAAAUGUGAAUAUUUACACUCUUAUAUUGCGAUGUUUGAUGUACUUAUAAAAACUACAUGAAUAGGACUCAAGGCCUAUUUAAAAAAAAACUGGUCAAUAUUCACAUCACAUCCCAAAUUUUUCUGGUCUUUUGUCUAUUGGCUUUUUACAUAUCGGUUACUUAAUAAAUCAAAUAAAUAAAAAUAUAAUUUUUGCUGGAUUCAGUUGUGUAUAAAGCAGUUGGAACCUCCUUUUGAGCAGGAAUAUGUCUGUGCCAGGAGACUACACUCUUUGAUAACGAUUGUUCAUUUUAAACUGAUAAAAUCAAAUUUGUAAUAAUUGGCUUCUUAAAUUACAGACAUAGAUACGAACAAUGGCACAAAAGGAAGUUUGUAUAGUUGGACAUGUUUCUAGACUUAUUUUCCUACAGAAGAGUGAGACAUGUUCCCUGCGUUAUUACGUUUAGAACUAGACACAUAACUGUCUCGUAAUCGUUCUAUUCUAUUGUUAGUACCUACUUAGUGAAUGUAAUAAGUUUUUUUUUUAAUAGAAUGUGCACACACACACUGCAGACUACAUAUUUACAUAUUUAGAUUCUAUUUAGUCAGGAGUCUGUUGAGUGCGAUUUUGCAUCACGUACGAGGUCCAAGCUGUGCUAAAAUAAAUUUAUAUUGGUUCAGCAAUUGUCUUAAUCUAAUAAACAAAAAAAAAUAUUAUGCACAUUAAAUUUCCGCAUAUAUUAUAAUAUUAUUAGGGAAGUAGACACUGCGAUCAAUGAAUUGAAUUUCAUAAUAUUAUAUUACUUUAGCGCUUGCACAAUUCACACAAUUCUGGUGUUUCAAUAGACAUAGUUCAGCUUUUACUAGCAGUUUGUGUUAAGAAACUGCUAUAGAAUUAUCAUCAAUAAUACUUAUUAUAUAAUUAUUUUAACUAUUGUCAUAAACUUCACUUCGCAAUAAAUAUGUUUAAUUUAUUAACGUCUCUUUUAAAAUUACUAAUUAGUUACGGAAUAUCCAAGUAUGAUUUGACUCAGUCUGUUGUAGGUAUUUAUCCUAUAAACUAUAAAUUUUAUUAAAUUAUUAAGUAUUUUAUAAUAUUUAUCAGAAAUUUCAAUUUACUAGCCAAAUGAAUAGCUUUAACUAUUCAACAAUCAAUGUAAUAUUGGAUUCGUAUUGAUGAAUAGAUGUCAUUUUAAUUUUAUAUUUUGAUCUUAGUAAGAGUAGUUUCAAUAUGAUAUGAAAUUAUACAAUAAAAAAAUG